UGUCCUUUCUCUCUUUCUUUUACUAUGAAGAUCACUAUUGCUUCGCGUAAUCAAAAGUCAAGCAAGUUCCCAGUGACGCUUGAACUCUCUGGCACACCAGAAACCUUAAAGACCAAUGACAUCAACAAAGCGCUCCAUGCUAAAUUCGCUACUUAUUAUCCUGACCGUCAACGCUUGACAACCGAAGACAAAAAAGCUCUCGAACUCGACAAGAGUUUAAGCGAACAAGGUAUUACUGAAUCCACCACGAUUUACUUUAAGGACCUCGGCCCCCAAAUUGGUUGGCGCACUGUCUUUAUGAUUGAAUAUGCAGGUCCCCUCUUUAUCCAUCCUUUGUUUUACUAUUUUUCUAAAACUAUCUAUGGCUCUGCAUUCUCUCAUUCUCCUAUGCAAACCUAUACGUAUUACAUGGUCAUGGCUCAUUUUUUGAAGCGUGAACUUGAAACUGUCUUUGUUCACCGUUUCUCUCAUGGCACAAUGCCAUUCUUCAAUGUGUUUAAGAAUUCUGCUCAUUAUUGGUUUUUGUCGGGUGCCAAUUUGGCUUUCUGGGUUUAUGGUCCUUGGUUUGCUCAAGGUAAAAAUCUUGCUGUUCGCAAUGAUGUCUGGAUCUAUGGUUGUAUUGCUGUGUGGGCUUGGGCCGAAAUCUCUAAUUUGAUCACACAUAUCACACUUCGCAAUUUGCGUCCUGCUGGUACUCGUGUUCGUGCUAUUCCUUACGGUUAUGGAUUUGAUCUUGUUUCUUGUCCCAACUAUUUUUUUGAAUUCAUUGCUUGGACUGCUGUUUGUUUCCUUACAACCAGCUGGAGUGCUUUUCUGUUUAAUGUGGUGGCUACAGGUCAAAUGUACAUUUGGGCUGUUAAGAAGCAUAAAAACUAUAGAAAGGAAUUCAAGGAUUAUCCUCGUAACAGAACUUCUAUGUUUCCCUUUAUUGCUUAAAUACAAUGAAAAGAUAAAGAUUAAAAAAAAAAAGAGGGCAUUUCUUGUACUUGCAUAUUUAUUUAUUUAUUUAUUGGAAUGCCUUUUUGUUGAUGAUUAAACUUUAAGAAAUUUAAUUAACAUAGCAUUGUCUAAUUUCUUUAAAAAUAAAGGUAGAGCAUUCUUUUCUC